AUGUUGACUUCACUAUCUCUGACUGCGCUGGCACUUCUGCCUUCGGCGAAUGCGCUUGUGAGAAAGGAUGGUGUGGGUAGAUUACCAGCCUUGGGAUGGAAUAGCUGGAAUGCCUUCGGCUGCGAUGUCGAUUCUACAAAGAUCAUGACUGCUGCCAAUGAGAUGGUCAAUCUCGGUUUGAAGGACCUGGGAUAUGAAUACGUCAACAUCGAUGACUGCUGGUCCGUAAAGAACACACGCAAUUCGACAACUCAGCGUAUCAUUCCUGAUACCUCGAAAUUUCCUGAUGGAAUUUCUGGUGUGGCUGAUCAGGUUCAUCAGUUGGGAUUGAAGAUUGGUAUUUAUAGUAGUGCUGGGGAGACUACUUGUGCGGGGUACCCUGCUAGUCUAGGGUACGAGAAUGUUGAUGCCGAGGCUUUUGCGGAAUGGGGAAUUGAUUAUUUGAAGUAUGACAACUGCGGCGUCCCAAGUAAUUGGACAGACCAGUAUUCCUCCUGUGUUCCCGACGGCUCCAGCGAACCUGCGAAUGGCACCUGUCCCAGUCUUUCUAACCCUGCCCCCGCUGGGUACGAUUGGACCAAGUCAAACACCUUCAAACGGUAUACCAUGAUGCGCGAUGCUCUUUUGGCCCAGUCUCACACUAUACUAUAUUCUUUGUGUGACUGGGGUCAAGCCAAUGUGAACACAUGGGGCAAUGAGACUGGAAACUCGUGGCGCAUGUCGGGCGAUAUCUCGGCGAAUUGGGCUCGCAUUGCUCAAAUUGCCAAUGAGAAUACUUUCCGGAUGAACUAUGUUGGUUUUUGGGGCCAUCCCGAUCCUGAUAUGCUCGAGGUUGGAAAUGGAGAUCUUACGGCCGCGGAGAAUCGGGCACAUUUUGCGUUAUGGGCGAUUAUGAAGUCUCCACUGAUUAUUGGUACUGCACUCGACAGUAUCAGUGAUAACAACCUCGCCGUCCUGAAGAACAAGUAUCUGAUUGAAUUCAACCAAGACCCCAUCGUGGGUCGCUCAGCACACCCUUAUAAAUGGGGAUACAAUCCCGAUUGGACCUUUGACCCAGCCCACCCCGCUGAGUACUGGUCCGGUCCCUCUUCGACAUUGAAGGGUACAUUGGUGUUGAUGUUGAAUUCGGAGAAUUCCACUUCGACCCGUACUGCAGUCUGGAAAGAGAUUCCAGAAUUGAAGGGCCAUAAUGCGUACCGGGUGACUGAUGCGUGGAGUGGGAAGGACCUUGGGUGUGUUAAGAAGCAGUACAGUGCUUCGUUGGCAAGUCAUGAUGUUGCUGUGCUUGUGGUGAAGGGGGCUUGUUGA